AUGACAAUGGGAACGGCUGGUGUAUUGUUUGCUGUGGUUUCUCUGUUAUCAUUUCUGGUGGCAUGCCAGGGUACUAAGGUAUACACCGUAGGAGAUGAAGCAGGCUGGACAUUGGGCUAUGAUUAUCACAAGUGGGCAGCAGGCAAAAAAUUCCACGUUGGAGAUACGCUGGUGUUCAACUAUUUCCAUAAUGAGAUGAGCGUUCAUAAUGUGGUGAGAGUAAACGCUACAGCCUAUGCAAAAUGCGUUAGCGAUCCGAACAUGGGACUCUAUGAGAGCGGAAGCGAUAAAGUAAUUUUAAACGCUCCGGGACAUAUGUGGUUUAUUUGCGGAACGCCCGGUCACUGUGAAAGAGGCAUGAAACUUAAAAUAAAUGUGAGAAAACCGCACCCCAAUAAGCGCAAUACUCCUUCUCCGGCUCCUGCACCCACAACUGAAGGAAUUCCUGCUUCUUCUCCUGCGUCUUCCCCUGCGUCUGCUUCUGCUCCUGCUUCCGAUCCAUUAUUUCUCAAGCGGUUAACAUGGCUUCCAUGGCAUUGA